AUUCUCAACCUACUCCCAAUGACCAAUUCUUCGUCUUCUUCUUCUUCGUUCAGUAAUUUGCUUUCUAGUAAUAAUUAUAAGGAUAACAUGGACAAUAUUAUAAGUUCUUGGGGACUUUUUGAUCAUAAUAAUAAUAAUAGUGCUCCGAAGUUUAAGUCAUUUUCACCCUCUUCUUUACCUCUUUCUCCUCCUCCUGUUUCUCCUUCUUCUUACUUCGCUUUUCCGGCCGGUUUGAGCCCGGCUGAGUUCUUGGAUUCUUCUCCUGUUCUUUUCUCUGGCUCUAAUGCUGUUUCUUCUCCGACCACCGGUGCUUUUGCUGGUCAGACUUUCAACUGGAAGAGUAAUAAUUUUUCUAGAGAUAAUCAGCGAGGGGAUGACACGUGUUACUCUGAUUUUUCUUUCCAAACUCAUACAAGGCCAUCAUCAUCAUCGGACGAGUCGAUGAAAAGGCAGCAAGAAGCAUGGAACUUUAACAGACCCAACAAGCAAACAGAUUACUCAUCAGAAAAACCAGAAGUAAAAUCAGAAUUUAAAGCAAUACAAUGUUUCUCUUCAUCAGAAAUGGCUCCACUCCAAACAAUCAUGCAAACAAAUGCUCAAUCUCAAUCAAGUUACACUCAAGCAGCUCCGUUAUACAUGAGAGAGCAACGAAGAUCAGACGACGGAUACAACUGGAGAAAGUACGGACAGAAACAGGUUAAAGGAAGUGAGAAUCCGCGUAGCUAUUACAAGUGUACUUAUCCGAAUUGCCCAACGAAGAAAAAAGUUGAGAGAUCUUUGGAUGGUCAGAUUACUGAAAUUGUUUAUAAAGGAAGCCAUAAUCAUCCUAAACCUCAGCCUAGAUCAUCUUCCCAAUCGAUUCAACUUGCUGCUCAAGAAAUGUCAGAUCAAUCUGUUGCUCCAUUGGAUUCUGCCCAUAUGCAGGAUGAUUCUGAGGAGGAUUUAGAUCACAGUUCGCCGAUUAGUAAUUCAGGAGGAGAUGAAGAAGAAAAUGAACCUGAAGCUAAAAGAUUGAAGGCACAGAAUGACAAUGAGAGUAUAAUGAGUGCCGGUGGUAACAGAACUGUUAGAGAACCAAGAAUUGUGGUUCAGACCACAAGUGAUAUUGACAUACUUGACGAUGGGUAUAGGUGGAGAAAAUAUGGACAGAAAGUAGUCAAGGGAAAUCCCAAUCCAAGGAGCUACUACAAGUGUACAUCAAUCGGCUGUCCAGUGCGAAAACAUGUUGAACGAGCAUCUCAUGAUACAAGAGCCGUAAUCACCACUUAUGAAGGGAAGCACAACCAUGAUGUUCCUGCUGCUCGUGGCAGCGGAUAUGCUUCCAAUCGACCGACAUUCAACGCUAACACCAGCACAAUGCCUAUCCCAAUAAGGCCCUCAGCCACAGCCAAUGCAAGUUACCACAAUAACACAAUGUCAGGAAGUCAAGGACCGUUCACUCUGGAAAUGUUGCAGGGCAUUGGUUUCUCAAAUUUCGGAAAGCCAACAGGUACUUACAUGAACCAGACAGAGAAUACGUUUUCCGGAGCCAAGGAAGAACCGAAAGAUGACUCGUUUCUUGACUCGUUCCUAUGUUGAAAAAAAACUAACUCUAGAAAAGCAGUUAGGUAGGAGACAGGAAAAAGAUUUGGUUGUAAUAUAAGCUGUAGUUUGCAAUUUUUUCAUUUGUUUUUGAGGCAUUUGGUUAGACUAAAGCCUCAAAUUGUCAUAGUAUACAAUAAAUAAAAGAGAAACAUAGUGUUCAAUUUUGUCUAAA